AUGGCACAUGUGGAAGCAUUGUCAAGAGCGCCAGUGACGGAGAGCGACGGCACAACUUUGAAUUAUUUACUCCCGGAGAGACUGGAUGUUUAUGUGACCAUUACUCAGGAGGAAAGAGUGCUGAUGGCACAAACUGCUGAUGAGGACAUCAAAGAGAUAAUCGAGAUACUGAAGAAACCUGAAAAAGAGAGAGCUAAGUCGGAAAAAACUCAGGCACGCGGAUUUGAACUACUGUAUCGAUUCCACAACGGGAAGAAACUAUUUGUUACAGGAUCAGAAAGAAACCUUCAAGGCUAG